UUCAAAUUUAACACACACAAGUUCAUCCUUCACAAUUCCAAAUUUUCCACUUUAAUCCCAAAACUUUAAAAUGAACCUAAAAUCAACAACUCAAAUCCCCAAUCCAAUUCCCCCAAAUCAAAUCAAAAACAGCACCAAAUUCAAAGAUUUAACCACAGUUCCAACAAUGGCAGACAUUAUAUCCGCCUCAAAAGCACAAAAUCUUGAUCUCCAGCUCAAAACAGUGGGACCCUUCUUCAGAAUUACAGCGACGAGUCGUUUGACAAAAAAUGAGCUGGGUCGAGCAGAGGGGGUGAUUAGGGUUUGGUUAAGAGGGAGGAUUCUUCAUUUGGAUUCGAUUAAGUUGAAAAAAGAGACGUUGGGUAUGGAGAAAUCGAUUUAUGGAAUUGGUUUGUUCAUUGGAGCUGUUGCUGUUCGGUAUGGGUUUGAUUGUGGCUGUCGAGUUGCUGAGUUGCUCGCCAUUAAUGACUCCGAUCUUUAUCAUUCUAAGCUUGUUAGAUUCUACACAAGAAUUGGGUUCAAGCCAGUGCAUGAAGUGAGUGGUUCCACAUUUGGAGACAUGGCUCAUAUGUUAGUCUGGGGAGGCGUAGGAACUCGAAUGGAUGCUGAUGUUGAAGAGCUCCUAUUGAAAUGGUGCACCAGGUUCAAACCGAAAGAUCGUCCGAACCGUUCCUAAAUUUUAAUUCGUAGCAUAACUGUCUCUAAACGUUUAUUUAAUAAUUUGGUUGUCUCUGCCAUUACUCAUGCGCCGUUUUCGUCAAUUUUAAUAAUGUGCCGGUGCCAAUUAGAGUCGUAUAUGAACGUCUAAGAUCACCAUAUGACACAAUGUGGCAGAAAAUAUACUAGUAUUUUGGUUGGCAUAUCACGUCGUUAAAAUUGACGAAAAUACUCUAAAAAUAAAGGCAUAUACAGUCAAGUUAUUAAACAUAAGUUUUGAGGACAAUUUGAGUAUAUGUUGAAGAGAAAAAAGAUAGUGCAAAGACGGUUAAUGUAAAUUACCUUAUCAUAGAAGAAUUAUAAAAUAGUUUAUGACACAACGAUGAAGGACGAGCUCAAAUGCAAGGAUUGUCGAAUUUAAAGAUUAUCAGUUAUCUUCAUCAACUUCAAUCAGGGAAGAAUCAAAAACUUUUCUAUUGAAUGCUAUUAACUUGAGCUUCUUUGACUGUUUGAGAUCGACAUGGAAGAUAAUAUUCCGAUAACCAGCAAGAGGAAAAGGCUCAAAUGCACAGAUUUCCAAAUAGCGGUUGAAAGGGAUUCGUUUCUCCGAUAGAUAUGCAGUUCGUAAUGAGGCAAAAUAGAAGAUUGUGAAUGCUGUUCUAUCAGAAUUUGUCGAGAUAGAAUUACAAGAUAAAGUCAACUUGAUUCUGAUCAGGAUGCCGAAGAUAUUGGAUCAAUAAAACACAUUGAGUAUAAAGAACGGAGAAAGUUCUGAUUCUGUAGAUGUUCGAUUUGGUUUCGAGAACUCUUGUAAAAUUUUAGUUCAUUUUUUUUAUGUUUUAUCGGGUUAUCUACAUAAUAUUUUCAUGAAUUAUACAAAUUUUAUUAUUUAUCACGUUUUAUGAUAGUAAA